UUUCCGUCUCUCGUGUCUGCAGCUUGGCACGGCCUCUGUAGCAAGAUGGGUGCCCCAGCCGGGCGACUGGCGGCUUGUCCUCCGCUGCUCUGCCUCACGGGAGGCCGCCUCUGACCUGCCUGCAGCCCCUCCCCUCCCCAUGGAGAAGAUGAGCUGGCUGAGCAAACUGAACCCCCGAGCGCCAGCUGGGCCGAGGGCGAGCAGGGGCGCCAGCCUGCAGGGCCCGGUGACGGCGGACCCUGAAACCUGCCUGAUGGUCUUCAAGAACCACUGGGCUCAGGUGCUGAGGAUCCUGGAGAAGCGGGGCCCCCAUGUGGCUCCGGGGGCGGCGGAUGACCUGAGUGCCGUGCGCAACAACACCUACCAGAUGGUGACCCUGCUGGCGGAGGAGCGCCCGCAGGCCGAGCUGGCCAUGGGGCCCAUCCUGGAGUUUGCGGUCUCGGAGGGGGUGCUGGAGCACCUGCUGGGCUGGCACCUGCAGCGGGAGGUGCCCGAGGAGCGCAAGGUGGAGCUGCUGAAGCUGUUCGAGACGCUGAUCAGCCAGGCCCACCAGCCGCUGCUGCUGCACCAGAAGGCCGUGCUGGGCCCGCUGCUGCGGCUGCUGGCCCUGUGUGCCGAGCCGGCCUCGCCCCUGCUGGAGGGCAGCCUGGUGCUGCUGCUGAGCCAGCUCUGCGUCUCGGUGGCCCGGGACCCCCCGCUGCUGGAGCUCUUCUUCCACAGCCCCUCCGGGCAGGGGCCCCGCCACCUGCUGCUCUUCUCCCUCCUCAUCCCCUUCAUCCACCACGAAGGCGGGCUGGGCCAGCAGGCGCGGGACGCGCUGCUCCUCCUGAUGGCCGUGUCCUCCGGCAGCCGGACCGUCGCCUGCUACAUCACCGAACACUCCUACUUCUGCCCGGUCCUGGCCACGGGACUGAGCGCCCUCUACUCCUCGCUGCCCCGUAAAUUGGAGGUCCGUGGGGAUGACUGGCACUUCCUGCGCCGGGAGGACUGGAUUGGGGUCCCGUCGCUCGUCCUCUUCAUGAACUCCCUGGAGUUUUGCAAUGCGGUCAUCCAGGUGGCCCACCCGCUGGUGCAGAAGCAGUUGGUGGAUUACAUCCACAGUGGGUUCCUGGUGCCGGUUAUGGGCCCGGCUCUGCACAAGACGUCCAUCGAAGAGAUGAUCGCCAGCACGGCCUACCUGGACCUCUUCCUGCGCAGCAUCAGCGAGGCGGCCCUCCUGAAGACCUUCCUGCGCUUCCUGCUGCUCCACCUGCACGACAGCAGCACCAUCCUUGACACUCUGGUGGCGCGGAUCGCCAGCAAUUCCCGGCUCUGCAUGGUCUCCCUCAGCCUCUUCCGGACGCUGAUCGGCCUUCACUGCGAGGACGUCCUGCUGCAGCUGGUGCUGAGGUACCUGAUCCCCUGCAGCCACGUCAUGCUGAGCCAGAAGAGAGCGGUCAAGGAGCUGGACCUGUACGGCAAGGCUGCUGCCAAGUUCCUCUCCCUGAUCCCUCACUGCUGCCGCCUGGAGAGCCUGCCCCCCCCGGAAGAAGAGGAGGAACGGGCAGCCUGGUCCAAGGGCCAAGGCAGCCCCAGUGUGGACUCCUCCUCCGUGGUGACCGUCCCCAGGCCCUCCACGCCGUCUCGCAUCUCCUUCUUCAGCCGCCAGUCCAGCUUCAGCACGGAGGCCCCCAGCCCCACCCCCCGCUCUCCAGGGACGCCCGCAGGCAGCCCUGGUCACCGUCCCAGCAGGUGGGAGGAGGCCUCGGACCUGGAAGGGAACUACCUGGAAUACCUGCGGGAUGCGCGGCUCAACAUCGACCUCUGCGUGCGUGCCUGCCGCGUCUGGUCGGCCCCCUACGAUGGGGAGGAGCCCAAUGCCGGCAGCUUAGCUCCACCCCUGGGUGCCUCCUCGGCAGCCGACGCGUCCGUCCAUCCCAAGGGGGCCCUGCCAGAUCCCGCACCUGCCUCCCCCCGGACUAAAAAGCGGGGGGCGAGCCUUGAAGUGGCCCCUGCCGCUGUGCCGCCAAGCACCGCCCCACCUGCGGACACCAAAGGGAAGCAGCCUCUGCUUAACGGGGCCCACGUGGAUGCUGGCAUCAAGAAGGGCCGCUGGGGCCCCCCCGAGGGCCCCUCCGAGAACGGGUCAGUCCCGCCUGCCAGCCUUUGGGAAGGCGCCUCCUGCCUGGACUUGCUCGCGGAUGAGGGGCUGAGCCAGGCCCCUCUGGAGAAUGGGGGGCCGCUGACGGUGGAGGAGUUCCACCGGGAACUGUGUCAGCUGCAGGACGAGAUGGCCAACGGGGGCCGAGCGGAGGAAGAGCCCCCCUCCGAGCCGGAACCGCUUUCCCGGGAGGAGGAGGAAGCCUUCCACUGCUUUGCCUCCUGCCCCGAGGGCUCUGCCCCCGCCCCGCCUGCUGACCCCCUCUCCCAGAUCCUCAGCAGCCCCCUCCGGGCCUCGGGGCAGCCUUCCAGCCAGCCGUUCACCGGCCCCUUCCUGGCUAUCCUGCUGGCCAAGCUGGAGAACAUGCUGCAGAACUCGCUCUACGUCAACUUCCUGCUGACGGGGUUGCUGGCUCAGCUCGCCUGCUACCCGCAGCCCCUCCUGCGCUCCUUCCUGCUCAACACCAACAUGGUCUUCCAGCCCAGCGUCAAGUCCCUCCUCCAGGUCCUCGGCUCAGUGAAGAACAAAAUCGAGGGAUUCGCGGCCAGCCAGGAGGACUUCCCCUCCCUGCUCUUAAAGGCCAGGAAGUACCUGACUGCCCGGGCCAGGCCGGAUGCCCCCGACGCCCUCAACCCCCUGCCCCCCCUGCGCCGCCCUGAGGCCCUCGUGAAGAGCCGCAAGCCCACCAUUGGGGAGCUGAUCAUGCGUCACACCAACAGCCCCACGCGGGCCCGCCAGGCCGCCCAGCUGGCCCUGCAGCAUGUGCGCGAAGGCCAGGUGCUGCAGGCACUCUCGGGGGGCUCCCUCUUCCGCGGCUCCGCCGAGAAGCAGAGCGAAGCACUGCGGGUGAAGAACGCCGUCUACUGCGCCGUCAUCUUUAGCGAGUUCCUGAAGGAGCUGGCAGCCAUCGCCCAGGCCCACGCCGUCACCUCGCCCUUCCUGCUGGACCCCCCCCCAGAGUGAGCCCCACGCCUCUCCUGCCCACGGGGGGGGGGGGAACCCUCCGUUUUUAAAACUCCAUACCAGGAAAUGGACCUUUUUAAUUUAUUGGGAAUGAAUGUUUUUUUCUGG